AUGGCUCUCGCGGCUGAUUUAAGUACGCUUGGCGAUGCCCUGAUCACUUCCGUCGCUAAGAUAUCACCGGACCAGAAGGGGUCUGCGCGUGUCCAGAAUCUGAAGCGUCGUGUACAAGGGGGUCUUCGAACUGGCUCUCAUACGCGCACCGACCAGUUUGCAGUCGCCAAGCAACUUGAGGGACUACAGGAAAAGUUUCAAAUCUUGAAUAGAGAUGAACUUGCCGAAGCCCUUCACACACGCCUUGUGGAGCUGGAGAGCAGUCAGAACUCCUGGCUCCCAGAGAUCCUGAGUCUCUUACUGCAACUCUCAGAUCGCCCCGCUCUUUUAUCUACCGUCAAACGUCCAGAGGAAGGUGCCAAGGCACCAGAACCAAAAGAGACUCUUUCUUGGUCGGAUCUUAACGCGGAUGGGACGGCCUUCAGUGAUGAAGAAAUUUGGGAACAGGUAGACUUUGCUGGCGACUCGUCAGAUGACGACUUUUCAUCCGUUGCCAGUGAUGUAUCUAUCCCAAAGCAUAGGCCCCAAUCCGCCACGACGGUGGACGAUGGUUACACUAUUCCAGAGGACGUUUUCGUUCCGGCAGAGGAUGAGAAUCUUGUUGCCUUUCUAGAAAAGGCCCAAUUUUGGAGAGCGGAGAAUCAAGGAAAUGGCUCAGCCACCUCGCGACUUAUCACAGAGUCCCAACUCGCUAGAGAGACUAUCUUUAUGCUUCAGGGCCUUCCGACGUCCAUUUAUGUAUAUUUGGACGAUGAAUUUGGAGUGGAUCGAAGAUACAUGCUCGCACAUUCAUCCAGGGAAUCCCUGGCCUCGCUUUUGCAGUGUUUCAGCGAGAUAGGCGCCAAAAUCAACAAUUUACGGUCUUUCACCAAGCUCCCACAGACAAUUCCAUACAUGCAAACAUUCUGUCGGGGCUUAGAAGAGCGUCUUCUUGAAUUUGAUAGAGUCUUAUCUCAAGUUCAGUGCAGAUACCUUUCCGCUGGGUCAACUGUCAGUCUCAUCCAGCUCCUUGUUGACGUUCGUCAACACUCUCACGAGCUAGUAUUGCUCGCAGAAAUGAUCUUCAAGCUAGGCAAAAACUCGACUGAUCAACCAAUGUGCUGCCUUGAUUUGUUAUACAAUUUAAUAUGCAUGUUGGAAGCCCUUGGUGACGAAACUUCGUCCCAACGCCUGGCCGAGCUAUUCUUUAUGUGUUUCAAAACGUAUUCAAGCUCAAUUCGACUGUGGAUGGAAACAGGCCAGGUUGAUUGUUCGGACAGCACUUUCUUCGUGCGAACCAAUCGUGAAAAUGGGGAUCUACGAACUCUUUGGCAUGAUUGGUUUGUGCUGGAUACGGGCCACAGGCAUCAGAGGAUUCCUCAGUUCCUCGAAGCUGGUGUGCAGAAAGUUUUCACGGCGGGGAAAAGCAUGGUGUUUCUGCGCCAUCUGAAUGCACCACCAGACAUUGAGGCCAUGAGAUUUGAGGACCUCUAUUCCCAAGACUCUUCGGUAUUACUUCCUUUCCCCGCGCUAGUAGAGUCUGCUUUUGAAAAGCUCGUGGAUGUGGAUCAUUCACUCAGUGCUAGCCUAUUACGAACAGAACUUGAUCAACAAUGCGGAUUAUGGACAUCUCUUGAUGCUCUUCAACAUGUUUAUCUCGCUAAAGACAUGAGCGCUAUCAGCAUGGUUGACGCCAAAAUCUUUGAGCUGAUCGAUCGGGGUCGUUCGUGGGAUGACAGGUUUCUGCUCACUGAGAUAUCAAGGACGGCCUUCAGUUCAAUAUCUGUCAUUGACACAUCAAGACUCCUUGUGCGGCCAGCUAGUACUCCAUCUCGGAUUUCUCAAAACAAUCAUCGAACCGUGCGGAUUCUGGAAGCAAUCUCAAUUGAUUAUGGCCUUCCGUGGCCUAUUGCGAACAUAAUUACCGAGGAAGCAAUACACACUUACCAACGGGUCUCGACCUUCCUGAUGCAAAUCAGGCGCGCUAAAUAUGCUAUUGUGAGACAGCGUAUUCGCGACGCCCGCAUCACUACACCUGACGACAAUGACACAUUGCUGCACGCUCUACACCAUAACAUGCUCUGGGUCCUCGAUUUGAUCUACGGCCAUCUGACCUAUCUUGUGAUCUCCACAGCAACCCAAUCUCUACACAAAGAUUUAUCUGGCGCACAAGAUGUCGACGCUAUGAUAGCCGCCCACCAAUCAUAUAUGUCCUCUUUGGAAGCCCAGUGCCUCCUCUCUAAAGAUCUAUCACAUAUCCAUGACGCAAUCAUCAAUUUCCUAGAUCUGUGUGUUCAUUUCGCAGAUCUACAAGCCGCGCACUUGCUCGGCGACGAAGACCAACAUCUGGAGAACUUGAAGGCGCCGCAGACAAAGAGAGACUCUGAAGACGAGUUUGACUCCGAUGAUGAUGAGGACUACGAUGACAUGAAUCACGAACACACACUCACAGUCUCAUUCCGUGACUCGACCUACAGCCAGCAAAUGAAAACUGUCAAUAAUCACUUCAGCUAUCUGACCACCGUCGUCACAGAUGGACUGAAAACUUUAGCUCGGGCAGAUGGACUUGAAAGUUGGGAUAUUCUUGCCGACAGGCUCGAAUGGAGACGAAAUUGGCGUAGGCUUUGA